GCGGCGACAGCGACAGCAGCAGCAGCUGCAUCCCGACGAUGGAGGAAGCGGGAAGAGACGCCGCCGAGCGGGUCUCGGCUCCCGCCGCGCCGGCCGAGGGGGAUCGCAUCUCGUUGCACAACUUCUGCGGCCGCCUGGCCGAGCAGCUGGUGCAUUUCCACGCCAUGCGCCUGCGGGACUCGCUCUUCCUGUGGAUCGGGGACGGGCCCCAGCUGGGCAACCUGGCGGUAGCCAUGCACACCCCCCGCGACUCCAUUCCAGCAUCUACCUUACUUUUCGGCGAUGCCUCUGACAGCACGUCCAAUUCUUUAGCCCAAAGAUUAGCCAGCAAGACUAAAAAACAGAUUUUUGUCAGCUAUAACAUCCAAAACACAGACAGCAGUUUCAUACUACUUGUAGAAAACCGGAUCAAGGAGGAAAUGGCAACUUUUCCAGACAAGUUUUAGCUUGGCAUUAUGGUAGCAUAUCUGCAUUUUCGUUUGUAUGUCUGUUUUGUUUGUUCAAUAAAGAAGGGGAUUUCAUGCUUU